CCGUAGCACCGUAGCGCUCUCUACGCCGUAGCGUGUCUACGCACCCAAACCGCGAACUGUUCAAACUUCAAAAUCGUGAUUGACUUUGUUUUUUUUUUUCACAAAAACAAAAUAAUAGUACAGAGUGAAUAAAAACUUUUUGGUUUUAUUGUUGACUAAAUUAAUGUGCCGUUGGAUCGUACUCGCAUAGGAUACCCAUGGUCACUUGAAGCGAGAGAAGAUGCAUAGUCACGAUCCGCGCGUUCACUAGAUAACUCAAUUCCGUUAUGACAGGGAGAAAUCCAAUAUUUGGCGGGUCGGUUUAAAAAUGAAGUGGGAUGUAAGACGGCUCCCGAAACGUGGCGGAUUGGUAACGUGACGGGGACGACGCGCGAUAACAUGCCGCCACGACUGCUUACCGUGCUGUUGUGGUUUGGUGGAUGUGUGCUAGGCCUGCGGGAGAUUCAGCUGAGCGUACCCGAGGCAGUGGGCGUGGGUCUAACAGCCACGCUGGGCUGCCGCUGGGCGCUCGACACCGGCGAGACCCUCUACACCGUCAAGUGGUACCACGGCGCCCAGGAGUUCUUCCGCUUCGUGCCCAAGGAGCUGCCUAAUACGCGCGUCUUCAGCCAGACCGGCAUCAGUGUUGAUAUAUCUCGUUCGGGUGCUCAGCAAGUGGUGUUCCGCGGCGCGACCCGCAGCUUGAGCGGGCGCUACCGCUGCGAGGUGUCGGCUGACGCGCCCUUCUUCCAUACCGUCUACAAGAGCGCUUACAUGCGCGUUGUUGAGUUGCCGGGGGCGGGUCCCAGCGUGCGCGCCUCCAAGAGCUGGUACUCCGCGGGCGACAUGCUGCGAGCCAACUGCUCGGCGCCGCCCGCCGACCCGCCCGCCAAUCUCACCUGGCUCCUCAACGGACAAGAGGUGAAAGGUCUCGACAUCCCGGUUGAGACGGCGUACGCGCCGACGAGGAAACCUGUGAUAAGUGACGCGUCGCUGGAAGAUGCGAAUAGGAUUAUAUUCAGUCCAUGGGACGCCGUGUCCGGGUAUGAAGAGGCCGUGACCGACGUUAUAGACAUCCCCGGCAAUAUCGGCGCACUAGCCGUCCCCGGCGGCGGCAAUAAGAACAACAAGACGGACAGCCGCUCCGGACCAGAGCAAAUAGCGAAUAAAUUGAACAUUAGUACCGAAGAAGAGAAAUCUAAUAAAUCAUCCUCGUUCAGCCAGCUUGUUAUGAGAGUGCAGUCCGUACACUUCCACAAAGGUCGUCUGAACGUGACAUGCGUGGCGCGUGUGCUGUCCGUGUGGUCAGCCAGCGGGGUCCUCCUAUUGGACGAGGAGCGACCACAGAUCGCACCCGUCAUGGGUAGUCGAGACUCCAACUCAGGUUUUCGACACCCCGGGUCGCUCGCUGGCGCGAUAACGCUGUUCAAUUGUUUAUUGUUUACACAAUGGUUACUACGAUGAUCAGAGGACUAAGAACAAUCGAUUCUUGACAUUUCCCCAUCUCAAAUCAGUGUUAGACUUACGAAGUUUAGUGAAAGAAAAUUAAUUGAAAACUAUGCAGGUACAUAAAGGAAUUUUAUCAAAAAACGUGAGUUGGACGUAGUGGAUUUUAUACUUGUAAAUAAUUAGAUUUAUAUAUAAUAGGAAUUCUAAGGAGAAAUAGUGAAGUUUUGCUUGACGAACUUUA